AUGUCUCGCGAGCAAUUGGCCUGGGCCCAGGCAAUUUUCACGGCCAUUGCGGUCUUCAUCUGGUGGGCAUUCGACCCCAACAGCUGGAGCAACUCGAUCCUAUCGUAUGUUAUCGAUAAAUACCUGCGAUGGCGUUACCCCGUCCCGUCCGUCAACGGGAGAGCUCAGAUCCCGACACGUCCUUACAAGUUCCCCGAUGGUGGCGGGAGCACCAAGUUCCUCGAUGGCGAGACGGUCUCGGGCGACUGCGAGAAGAAAUACGGGUCAAUCUACCGCAUCUGGACGGGGCUCGUGCCAGAAAUCGUCCUGACGCGGCCUGACGACGUCAAAACUGUCUACAAGGACUCGGACACGCAUACCAAGGUCGGGCGCGCCAACGCCGGAUGGGUUCUCGGCGCGCUGAUCGGCGACGGCGUGGGCCUGCUCAACGGCCAGCAUUGGAAGCGCGUGCACGCGGUCGUGGGCCCGCCCUUUGGCCAAAAGGCCACGGCGUAUGUUCACCUGGUCACGUCGCGCGUGCAGCGCCAUUUUGCCGAAUUCGAAGCCCGCUGUGCGGAGCAGGGCAUGAAGCCGUCGCGGCUGCAGCUCAGGGCAACCGAGGAUCUCAACUCGUUUCCCUUUUGGGUCCUCAAGGACAUCAUCUACGGCGAGCUCCCGGAGGCGAUGAACGCGGAGCUUUCGGAGCUGAUCGAUCUCCGCAACGAGAUCUGGCUCUAUACCUUCAAGGGCGGGUGGUCGAUGUUUGCUAUCAAUAAGCUGUUCUACCCGAAGCUGCGCAGGCAGCUGCACGAGUUUGAGAGCCGCUGGGACGCAUUCAACGACGAAGCGUACGCGUACAUCCUCGCCAAGGGUGCAGCUUCCGAGACUCUCCCCAUCGUCUCGCUGCGCCGCGCAAUCGAUCAGGGCCGCAUUAAGCGCAGCGAGGCCCUGCACUCGGUCAGCGAGGGCCUCUUCACCAACAUCGACGUGACCAUGGGCACCUUUGCAUGGCUGGUCCUCCUCCUUGCUAUGCACCCGGAUAUCCAAGCCGAGCUGCGCGAGGAGAUCGCCCAGGCCCGGGCGCAGGUGACGACCGAGGCCUGGGAGCGGUACAUUGCGAGCAACACGACGCUACUGGCGGGGUGCAUCAUGGAGAGCGGGCGCCUGCGGCCGAUUGCAAACUACACGUACCCGCAGUGCCUGCAGGCAGACCGGGCGGUGGGCGGGUACGUCGUUCCAAGGGGCACCGGCUUCAUAGUCGACACCAACGCGCUGAACCGGCGGGAUCCGGCGUGGGGCGCGGACGGCGAGGAGUUCCGGCCGCGGCGCUUCAUGGAGGCGUCGAUUGGCGAGUACCGGUACCGGCUGUGGCGGUUUGGGUUUGGGCCGCGGCAGUGCCUGGCACAGGCGUUGGCGGAUACAAUGAUGAAGUGUCUGGUGGUCUAUUUGAUUGAGAAAUACAGGGUUUCGGUUCCGGAGGCGUUGGUCGAGGGCAAAGAGGACUGGAAGACGCGCAGGCCGGAUACGUGGUUUUCCAUGGCGCAGAAUCCCGUUGUGUGCGAGGCGAUUUGAUAUAAUUGCCUUAUUCGAGAUCUCUGUCAGCUACGUCAGGUAUCAGAUAGCACAUUAAAAGUCAAUUCUAAUAAACGA